AUGGUUGCAGUCACUGGGGAUGGCACAAAUGAUGCACCAGCUCUGAAGGAAGCAGAUGUUGGACUAUCUAUGGGGAUUCAAGGGACUGAAGUAGCCAAGGAGAGUUCAGAUAUUGUCGUCAUGGAUGAUAAUUUUUGUUCUGUAGCCAGAAUUUUGAGAAGGGGAAGAUGUGUCCAUACCAAUAUCCAGAAAUUCAUUCAGUUUCAGCUUACGGCAAAUCUUGUUGCUCUUGUGAUAAACUCUGUAACAGCAGUUUCUGGACGUGGAGUACCUUUAACGGCAGUCCCAUAUUUUGGGGUGAAUUUGAUCAUGGACACAUUAUGCGCCGUUGCUCUGGCUACAGAGCGGCCAACAAGCGAGCUCGUGGACAAACCACCUGUGGGUCGUACCGAGCCGCUUAUCACCAAUGUUAUGUGGAGAAAUAUUCUAGGUCAAGCUUUAUAUCAGAUAGUCAUCCUCUUGACCUUACAGUUCAGAGGCCAAUCAAUCUUUGGUGUUAAUGAGAAGGUAAAGGACACCAUGAUCUUCAACAUAUUUUUCCUUUGCCAAAUCUUCAAUGAGUUCAACCUAAGGAAGCUUGAAAAGAAGAAUAUCUUUGAAGGGAUACACAAGAACAAGUUGUUUUUGGGAAUCAUCGCAAUAACCAUCAUUCUUCAAGUAUUGAUGGUGGAAUUUCUGAAGAAGUUUGCAGAUACUGAGAAACUGAAUUGGGGUCAAUGGAGGGCAUGUAUUAGUAUCGCAGCUGCAUCUUGGCCGAUUGGUUGGCUUGUCAAGUGCAUACCUGUUCCAGAUAAACCAUUUUUAAGCUAUCUCAAGUGGAGAGGUAGAUAUUGA